AGGUUCUGACCACAAAACCACACGUGGAAGCAGUCGUUUGAUUCUAGUUGAAGCAGUUGAAAUGUUCCGAUUUGUAGCAGUAGUUGCCCUGUUGGGAGUUGUGCUGGCGUACGAGCACCACGGAUACGUCAAUGAGGUCAAGCACAUCCCGUACAAGUACUACGGUGGUAUGGAGGGAGGUAUCGAGGGAGGAAUCGGUAUCGGAGGUGGUAUUGGCGGAGGAUUCGGAGGAAGUCAGGGAGGCUACAAGGAGGAGAGUGGUCUGGACUACUACAGCUAUCCCAAGUACAAGUUCGAGUACGGAGUGAAGGACAUCCACACCGGAGAUCACAAGAGCCAGUGGGAGAUGCGUGAUGGAGAUGUUGUCAAGGGAGCGUACACCUUGGAUGAGGCCGAUGGAACCCAGCGUAUCGUGGAGUACUACGCCGACAGCAAGAACGGUUUCGAGGCCAAGGUUAAGAACAUCGGACACGCUAUCGAGGGAGGUAUCGGCGGUCAGCAGGGAGGAAUCGGUGGCGGAUACGGCCAUGGUUACAGCUACAGCAAGCUGAAGAAGUACAACUAAGCGUCACCCUAAUCGAAAGUGUGAACCAGACUUUUGCAGGUUAUGUUACAGCAACGACCACGACAAUCCCGCAACCCACAGUGAGAAGCUAUUGUGUUCAUUAUUUAUGCUGAAGUUUACAACGAAAGUUGGACGGCAAGCUUAAUCCAAGUUCUGCUGCAGCAGCACUGCUGCAGUGAAACGAAACCAGCAAACGAUUUGGCAAUAAGGAAAUGUACCAUUUCUGCAUGGGCAGAGUUACAAAGGGUGAGGAGGAGAUCCUUUUCUGAGGAAGGGCGUAGAAGAAGACACUAACGAGUUCGUACUUCGAGAAAUUUUACUGUGCGAAUUGCAAACCACAUCCGUGGUACAAAAACAAAUAAGUAAGCUUCUAUGAUUUAUUAGUGGUAGGGAGUAGAUCUAAUUGAAGAUCCAUUUAAUUUGAACAUUCUCUAUACAUAUGAGAGAAAACAUCUUACGUAUGGUUCAUACAAUUUUAUAAAGUUAAUGUACUAGCUUCAUUUAUCACCGUUAACAAUAUCAAUAUCAAACUACAAAAAAAAAAAAACAAAGAGUGUAAGGAGAAUAUUGAGAUCAAGUAAAUAUACUGAACAAAUUAC